CGGCGAGGCGCGCCAGCUGCCGCACGUCAUGAUUCUACCCCAGGUGAGCGACGAUGUACCCAGACACUACCACUACCAUCCCGUCGUUAACAGGACGACCGCCGAGAAUCAGUAACCUGACAGACGGGGAAGAAGAUCUGCCUGAAGACGCUUUCUCGCUGCUGUCGGUGCUCCUAGUUGGACUCCUCCUCGUGAUCCUGAUAUUCUUCUCCGUCGCCGGCAACGUCCUGGUCUGCGUGGCGAUCUACACCGACCGCGGGCUACGGAGGAUCGGCAACCUCUUCCUGGCCUCCCUGGCCGUCGCCGACCUCUUCGUCGGUGGGCUGGUGAUGACCUUUGCCGGGGUCAACGAUCUCCUCGGCUACUGGAUCUUCGGAAUGUGGUUUUGCGACAUCUGGAUCGCCUUCGAUGUUAUGUGCAGCACUGCCUCUAUCCUGAAUCUAUGCGCCAUAUCGCUCGACCGUUACAUACACAUCAAGGAUCCCCUCAGGUACGGUCGUUGGGUGACCAGAAGGGUUGCCAUUGGCGGCAUCGCCGUUGUGUGGCUUCUAGCAGGACUCAUAUCCUUCGUGCCGAUCAGUCUAGAUCUUCACAGGAACGAUGAUCAGCCCGCGAUUGACGACGAGGUGGAGGAGCACCCUACGUGUGCCCUAGACAUUACACCCACCUAUGCGGUGGUGUCCUCUUGCAUAUCUUUCUACGUGCCCUGCAUCGUGAUGCUGGGUAUUUAUUGCAGGCUCUAUUGCUACGCGCAGAAGCACGUGAAGAGUAUCCGAGCGGUGACGAAGCUGCCGGACACCUCCAUGGCCAAGAGUUUUCGCUCGAAGAGCAGUCGCUGCAAGCCGCCGAAGCCGCAGACGAAGACGAAGCCGACCAGCCCUUACCACGUCUCCGACCACAAGGCCGCCAUCACCGUCGGCGUAAUCAUGGGCGUAUUCCUGGUGUGCUGGGUGCCCUUCUUCUGCGUCAACAUCGUCGCAGCCUACUGCAAGACCUGCAUAUCUCACCGAGCGUUCCAGAUUCUCACGUGGUUCGGCUACAGUAACUCGGCCUUCAACCCGAUAAUCUACAGCAUCUUCAACACCGAGUUCCGGGAGGCGUUCAAGAGGAUCCUCACGAAGGGAGCGCGCGCGCGGGGCAACCAGCCGUCGACCAGCGAGUGCGGGGAGUUCCGGUCGGUGGUGGUGCAGAAGCGGAACGGUUCCAUGGUCGAGUGUAACAUCAGCCCGAGAUCGAGCGCGGACAGCUGCCAGGUCGGGGUCAUGGCUCAACGGCAUCGCGACACCAUCGUCAGUGCCAUAUAAACGCGCGCUCCUCUCGGCUUCUCUCCUGGGUCUCGCUCUCGCCGCUCAUCCCCGAGAUCGCCGUCUUCGUUUUACUCGCCGAUCCUGUCGAGGAAUUUGCAGGAGGCAGGAGACACCGACAUCCUCUGGCGGGGGGUAAUGACGACGAACGCGAGUUAAAGCGCGCCUCGUGCGAAGAGGAAUCCGCUCUUCGUCGCGACGCGUCGAUCUUCCGCGUCGCAGGGGACACAUCGAUUACGAAACAUUCCUUUUUAUUGCAGCACUUAGAUCCGCAGUUUUUGUUCGCCGGUUUAAAAUUGGUUCCGAGUCCGCAGUGGAAAAGGCCAUCGUGAUACAAUCCAUGACAGAUUGCACGAUUUCCAGUGGAACGAUCGCUUAUUGUUAUUGUUUCGUACGAAACUUGCGCCAGUGUACAUAAAAUCAGCAUACGGCACCGCUUGCGCCAACAAGCGGAGUUUGCUCUCGCGUGCUAAAGUUUAGUAUUUGCAUCCGCAAAGGAUUGAACGCCAAACCGCCCGUCUGCUCAAAGGAGGAGACUGCUGCUGCAGUCGCGACGACUCCUGUGCUCUCUCGCUGUACAGCCGCUCGCGUAAGAUAAGCAUAAACUGAGGACGUUGAUAAUACACUCAGCCAAUAUUGUUGAAUCUCUCCUCACGUAAUAUCGAUCAAUGUUCUAGUUAGCUGUCGUUGAUUUGGCCCGAGGAUUCUCUCCCCCGGACCGAACGCGGGAACCGCGCAGCUUGUAUCACCCGGACGGAUUCCGGGAAGAUGCGAUGUCGUAGAUGCGGGAGAUGCAAUGCAAAAUCCGAGACGUUUGCCGGAUAUUGAAACGAGCACGUCGUGUUCUCCCACGGUCGUCACGACUCGAUUAAUAUGAUAACUGCGAGUGACGCGCAAGUUUCUUCAAGGAGUGCGAUAUUUUCAUUUGUAACGCAUGUGUAUGAUCGACGAAUAUUUCUCUCUUCUUUUUUUUUUUAAUAGCAAAGGAGUGAAGGCUGUGGUGCGUUUGACCAUGUAAGCGCGGCAUUUCGCGAAGACAUCAAUCAUUGUAAUUAAGACAAUCACCGGAACCCACUUCGAAACAUAUCCCGAAGACAUAAUCCACCGAAAUCGUAGUGUUGUCUUCUUCUUUCGUUCUUUUUUUUUUAAGCAAUACGACGACAGGCGUAGAGUGGGAUUUGUCGAUUAAUAGAAAAAUCCAAGUGUAGCGCUUAGGAUACUAAUCUCGUCAAGCAAUCUCUUUAAUGGAGCAAGGUCGAUAGCCGAUCUACUCGGUGUUAAAAGCUGGAUGUUACUAAAAAAAUACCGAUAUGUUUCUAAAUAGUAACGUCUGUCGAAACAUCAUGAGAAAUAUAUAUAUAAAAAAAAAGAAAAAACUUAUACUAGCAAUAGGUGAGCGCCAGCGGCGCGCGCGACACGUCGCGCCCGUGAACUAUAGAAUUCAUUUUCCAUCCUGUAAAUAGCCAUUUAAUUAUUUUUCUAUUUGACGGGCGCGAAGAGGGACACACGGCGGGAUCGCAGUCGCAGAAAUGCGAGGUCUCGCUCCAUGGGCGCGCGCUCAUUGCGGACGUACGAGAAAAAAAGUCGUCGUCGUCGAGCACCCGUCGAAUCUCAAUUCAAUUCUGCAUCACAUAUCCGAGUGGAAGGAAGCGAGCCAGUUUUUUGGCGCUCGCGAGGAUCCGUCGAGCUUCCGAUGGUACAUCUAUAUCUACGGUACAAAACGCGCAUUACGAUCCGGCGCGAGAGGAAACGACAGGGAAUGCCUGUACACCAUGUACGAGUGCAUGCACGUUGCGUGGACUGCGUGGAAGCGGUUGUAGGAAACAGCGCGGAACUCUCUAGCCGGCAGGACGUGCGCGCAAUGUUGAUGUAUACUACUGAUAUAUUCGAAAAUGACCGUUCUCUGUAAAUAUAUUAGACUAAGACUUCGACAAGAGCAUCCGA